AUGGUGUGUGGCCCCGAGGUUCUCCGCCAUUUUAAAAAUCGCGCCCAUCAAAUCCCACACGCCGAUGCUGUCCAGAUUAGCGAGAAGUUGGACCAGGCGUUGGUUGGAAUACCCGUACAACCUGAUGGUUUAUUAUGUCGGCGGGAUUCCCCGGGCUGUCAGUACAUAGGAAGAACAAUUGAGAAUAUGCGAAAGCACUGGCGCACCACCCAUGGAUGGUCCCAGUAUCCGCAUGGUGGUCGAGUAAGCCGUGACGAGCGCGUGCGUGCAGAUGCUGAGCUGCAGCGAUCCUUUAUAUCUGUGACAUGCCAGCAGAUAUUCCCAUCGCGCAAAGGAUCGCAUUAUAUUCACAUCCGCAAUCCAAAUGAGAACGACGAACCGGCGAUCCCCACAGAUGAUAUCCAGGUUGCUGUCCAGGAGCUAGAGAACGCGUGGAAGGAGGCGCAGUCCACGCCGAGUACAAUUCAGGCAUCUGAUAUUACCGACGCCAACCCAUGGCUGCGCAUGACCCGGUGGUCCGAGUAUUUAGAAGGAAUCGCACCAAAGGAUCUAACCGACAGCGUGGCGCCGCCCGAGGAAGAGCCCACAGAUCCCGUGGAGCAGGGCGUGCGCCACAUUUGGGCCGCCAUGGAGCAGGUCGUGCGCAAGAGCCAGCGCGUGGUCCAGCACAGCGGCCAGGCAAUCUGCAUUGAAGCCAUCCGAUCUGAAAAGGGUCAAACACCAUAUCGACCGUUGCAGGCCGUUUAUCGCGCGCACCCAGGCGCCACACGGAUGGACGAGUCCCCGUACGGGAUGACAGCACGGCAGCGCAAGAAAUGGCGGCAGUUAUGGCACCUCGCCACUACCCACCGGGAUAUUCCCGGCGAGCCGCAGGACGACGACGCAGCGUGGCGCAUGACCCCGAUCGAAGGCGCGUGUUUGGAGUUUUGCAUCGAGUUGCUAAACCAAAAGCAGCGUAGCCAUGAGUACGAGAGCGUGCUUAAAGCGCUUUGGUUGGAUCCGAAUCCCGAGGAGAUUAUCGCGGUGUGGCAGAAGAAGAGUAACUGCGCGCAGUGGGUGCUCGCCAGCGCCGACGACGAGCUGGAGGAUAUUUAUUCGGACGAGGGAUAUUACAGUCAACCAGAGCAAGGCAUCCCAUCAUCGCCCCCACAUCGCCCAUUACCAGCAGUAAUCCCCAACCGAUAG